GCGGCUGACUCGCGGGACUUUCUUUACGGCUGCACACGGAAGUGUCGAGGGCGGGGCCCGCGUUGCAAAGGGAAGAGGGCAAGAUGCUGCUGGACCUGUCGGAAGAGCACAAGGAGCACCUGGCGUUCCUGCCGCAAGUGGACGCCGCGGUGGUCGCCGAGUUCGGGCGGAUCGCGGUGGAGUUCCUGAGGCGGGGCUCCAACCCCAAGAUCUACGAAGGCGCCGCCAGAAAACUCAGUGUGAGUAGCGAGACCAUCCAGCAUGGAGUGGAAGGACUCACCUACCUCCUCACGGAAAGCUCAAAGCUUAUGGUUUCUGAACUCGAUUUCCAAGACUCUGUGUUUGUUCUGGGAUUCUCUGAAGAACUGAACAAACUGUUGCUUCAGUUGUAUCUGGACAACAGAAAGGAGAUCAGAACUAUUCUGAGUGAAUUGGCCCCAGACUUUCCCAGUUACCACAACCUGGAGUGGCGACUAGAUGUACAGCUGGCAAGCCGAAGCCUCAGGCAACAGAUUAAGCCAUCGCUGACUCUAAAGCUACACCUCAGUCAGAAUGGAGAGCCCAGUACCACAGUCCUGCAGACAGACCCAGCCACCCUGCUCCACCUGGUUCAGCAGUUGGAACAAGCAUUGGAGGAGAUGAAAACAAACCACUGUAGGAGAGUUGUCCGCAACAUCAAGUAACCCCAGCUCUCCGAUUCCACUCCCUUUGGGUAAUUUCAGAGUCAAUGGUAAUGCAGAUGAUGAUGACUUGUUCUUGAUGGAGAUAAAUGGACAGAGGCCAUGGAAUUUAUCCGACUGUGACAAGAUACCAUGAUCAUGAUGCAAAGCUAAAGUCAACUUCCUUUCUUGGUGCUACAUGUGGCCAGCUUCCUAACAAAAUGUGCUCUGUAUUUUAAAUGUGUAAAUAGGAUUGAAUCAACUGAAGUGAAUCCAUACUAUUCUUCUCUUCUGUAAAUAUUACCUUGUUUUUGGUACUUGUUUCCACUUUAUCAUCAUGUUCUUCCUUCUAAUAGACCAAGACUUGGAAAUAAAAGUCACUAUGUAAUGCU